CUCUUCCUCCGGGACGUUAAAUCUGCGGAGAAACCCCCAAAGAAAAACAUUUAAUUUCAUUUGUGGACUGCAUUUUUUUCCUUUUUUACUUUAAGGAUCUGAAACUUUCAAGUCUCAGCGGAGGAGAUGGAUAUUAAUCGACCGGCAAAUGUGUCCUUUUUUGAUUUCGUUGGAGGAGUUCAACUUCUCCAGGGGGAGGACACCAGGACAGCCAUGCCUAUCAUCCUCAUCGGGAUCUGCGUGUCUGGAGCGGUUGGGAAUUUGCUCGUUUUGCUGAUUUUCAUCCGUGACUUUAGAAACGGGAAGGGCUCGGAGGUAAAAACGCUCCUCGCCUCUCUGGCCUCCACGGACUUGGUCAUCCUGCUGCUGUGCGCCCCCGUGCGCGCCGUCACCUACUACAAGCAGACCUGGACCUUGGGGAGUUUUGUCUGCAGCACCACGGACUGGUUCCAGCACUCGUGUGUGGUUGCCAAAACUUUAAUCCUUGCGGCCACCACUAGAGCCAAACAUACUUUGGUCCCCAGCACCGCCGCGCGGCCCCUCUCCAGCCCGACGUGGAUUCACGGAGCCCUGGCGUUCAUUUGGAUUGUGUCGAUGAUGUUUCCGAUCCCCCAGAUGCUUUUUGCCUCUUUGGUGCAGCAUGGCCGCGACACUAUUUGCGUCUCUGAAAUGCCAGUGUGUGCGUCUGACUUCAUGAGUUUGUUCUACAAGAUUUAUCCAACUGCAACCUUUGUGGUGCCCGUCAUCUUCACCAUUGCCUACUACACAAAAGUGCUGCACACCGCGGUGAACCACGCACCGAGCCCGCAGCAUCAGAGCAAAGUCACCCUGGUUUUACUGUGUCUAAGCGGCGCACUCGGGCUUAUGCUGCUCCCAGAGUGGGGCACAUUCACCUGGAUCAGGCUUGGGUACAACAAACCUCCUGUGGGUUUGAUCAUCUUUGCGCAAGUCCUCCUUUACGCAUGCAGCUCGCUCUCUCCGGUGAUCUUAAUGACCAUGUACGACGACGUGCGCCAAGGACUCAUCACCAUCUGGUUCAUCGUGACCUGCAGGGGUUCAAAGCAGCUCCCCAGCAAUAAAUUGCCCAAAACGGAGGGCAACGGGGCAGAAAUCGGAGCCAACGCCGUCGCCAACGCGGUCUCACAGGAGAAGGAGAAGACCUUCCCAGAUGUGGAGCACUUUUGGACAGGGCGCAGGAAUACGCACGUCGAAGAGGAGCAGGAUCCGGUUCCGUGGGAGAGAGAGGAGAAAAUGUUGUAGUGAAUAAAAGUGAAAGUGUUUAUUUCUUAGCAGAAGAGUUGUUCUCAACUGGUUUCUAUAGUGUGUUGACCCACAGUGCAGACCCUCGUUGAACGGCUGUUUGCUGUCGUGAACUUGAUUAGAUGUAAAAUAAACUAUCAUAUUUUGAUGUUACACAUGUUUCUACUUUGAUUAUCUGUUCUCGCCUGCAGUAUUGCUGCUCUGUCAAGUAGCACACCUUUAUUAGAGGAGGUUUUUGAUCAAAAAUGAAGUCAAUGUAAAUAUCCAGGACACUCGAGCACUCGACUUUGUUGUGAUUGUGUACUUGUGACGCAUAAUAUGGAUAUUAAAACAUUC